UGACCAUUGAUUCAAGGGUUCUUGCAUCUAAAAAUACAGUUCCAUCAAUUCCAUCUAAUAAAAGGAAAUACAGAAAGUAAAUGGAGGAGGGGAUGGAGAUAUCGUCAUCGACGCAGGCAGCUGAGAGCUCUUCCUCUGAUAUUGUAUCUCGAGCUAGGAAAUUGCUGUUUCGACGGAUGCUAGUUGGAAUCAAGGAUGGACGGUUUUUCUUAGGAAGCUUUCAUUGCAUGGACAAACAAGGCAACAUCAUCCUCCAAGAUGCAGUUGAAUACCGUAACACCCAUCGAUCCUCUCCUUCUUCAAUGGAACAACGCUGUCUUGGUCUCAUUCUCAUACCUUCCUCUUGUCGAACUUCUUGUCAUGUCGAUUGCUCUAUUGAAGAACAGCUCUCCCUUUUGAAGUUUCAAUAAAUCUUUCUACUUUCUUGUUAUUUUAACAAUGCAAAAGUGCAACUAGUGAAUUUUAAUUUUACUGGGUUAUUUCUUUCUUUAUUUGUGAUCGUUUUUUAUUGAUUUAUGUGGGUUCUUUUGUGAUUGUUCUUGAGUGUUAUGUUUGUGAUUGUUCUUGAUUGUUUUAUGUGGGUUCUUAUCAUUAUUAGAAACUACUACUGUAUACUGUAUUUAUGAUUAUCAAAAUAGAUUGAAUGUGGUGGCCGAGGCCUUGGGAGCAGGAAAUUAAACAUGAAUCAAAAGCCCAGGAAGGCUAUGAAUCCAGCAUGUGCUGGACGCAAUUCUUGUCCAUCAUAGAAGAGGAGAAGCGAUAUGGACAAGAGGAAGAGUGGAUUAGAUUCUUGGAACCGAGCGGCCCUUCCAUUAGGUGAAGGGAUUUCUCUACCCAAGCCGCCGCUGACCACCUGCAUCAUUCAAACUGGCUAUCAUAUCAUCAUGCUUUUGAUUAUUUAUUUGGUUAAUUUCCAGCUUGAUAUUUGUUCCAGAUGACGUGCUAGAUUCAGUAAUCUAAAUCAUGAUUCCAGGAAAA